CACGGUAGACGCCGCAGCAAACGCCACGGAUUGUGAAUCAUCAUCCCAUCCUCGCCCCGAGGCGUCAGAGAUCCCGACCAAUCCUUGGCCUCGCUGCACUUCAAUGUUGGAAUGACCUUAUUUAGUGCUCCCCCGUUUCUCGACAAGCCUCGCUGCUCCCUGGGUGCUCGUUGUUGGUGGGCGUCAAGGCCAGGAAUGGCUAGGCUCGCGGACUUGGACCCUCAGGCAUGCCCCUCUCAGAUUGGCGCGGCGCAUCAGAAGCCACACUGUUGUAUGCGUGCGUGUGUGUAUGUGUGUGUGAGUGUGAGUGAGUGUUUCCUGUGCUUUCCCGUGUGUGGUGGGUGCUCCGAGCUGGAUGGGACCGUAUCGGAGGGGUUGCCGUGCGAAACUGCAAUCUCUGUGGACGUUGUUGUGUAGCGGAAGGUCGUGGGCAGUGGACAUGGCGCUGAGUCUGGCAGGACACCAAGGACGCGCCGCAAUCAGCAACGCCACCCAUUGUGACACCACCUCUUCACAACAUUGCUUCAUUCUUUCUGCAUUACUAAGAUUUGUUUACACUCUUGGGCCAUCACAUUAACAAGAGGAGCUCCCAUGACAAUCUAGUUGUACUAAAUUUAACCUAGAUGAUUGGUCAAAUUUUGGUGUUGUUUUUCCUGCUUUUUCUACUUGAAUUCUUUUUUCUUUUUUUUCUUUUUUUUUUGAAAUAGUGUUUAAGUGUUAAGUCUGUUAGUGUAAUUGUUCAAAUUGACUAAACACUUGCCUUUGAUGGUGAAGUCAAUGUGGAAUUUUAUUAAUUUGUGAUUGUGAAUUAUGACUUACUGUAUUGAGUAGCAGGGAGUAAUUGAAGACAUUUAAUGGAGGAAUUAAUGAUAUUUUUUGUAUAUAUUAAAUUGCUGAGUUUUGUGUCGUUUCUAAUUUUUUUUGUUGUUCUUUUAGAUAUCAUGUUUUGUUAUUGAUAAGUCAAAGUUCAUUUUAUAGAGAAGAUAUUUAUUGCUAAGCAAUAAAGGUCUUAAGGAUUUUUAUCAGUUGGUAAAAGUAUAGGAUUGUUGGACUAUAAUCUCUUGAAAGAUUUUAAAACUUUGGAAAAGAUUUCAUAUCCUUUUAUAUGUUAAGAUAUUUGUAGUGUUUUAAUUGUGUUUAGAGAUUAUGUGUGCAAAGGUUAUUGUAAUGUAUACUAAUAGUUUGUUGUAUCUUUGUCAUAAUCAAUGAAGGAGACUUCAUAUCUUGAAGUCCACUUGAAAGAUUGUGGAUUAAAAGCCUUA